AUGAAGGCAUACAAAGUGGCCUGGACCAAAUGUUUGGAACACGUCCGAUCCAUUCUGCAGGCGUUGAGUGCCUCCGUGGUGGACGAGGUCGCGCACGAAGUUAUCCACGCAUACUCCGACGUGCUCCCUGGUCUACCGUAUCCCGAGCUUCCAGUCAUUGCUCUGUUUGGCAUGAACGCGUCCAUACUCUCCGACGUCGUUAAGCGGCUGGACAAGCCAGAGGAUGAUGAAGAAGCCGCCACCGACGAACAAGACCAACUCGGGGAUGCUCACGCUCUGCACGUCCAUCUUUAUCCAGCAGAGUGCGGUAGCAUCAUCAACAUGAUGAGGGCGCUGGUUACGGGUUUCGUGGACCAAGAAGGUGACAAACGAAAGGCCACGUCCCUCGCUGCCUUCGACGUCAACCUACUGGUCGCAUGGCAUGCGGCCCAACAGCCACGGCCGCGGUUGACGGCGUUCCUCCACGAAUUCGAGCGUUUCGACGCCGAGGUGGUCAAGGACGUUAUGCACGUACCGCACUUGCCGUUGGUAUUCGUCACAGUCAUGACCUCGCCUCCGACACCGUCGUUCCUACACACCAUGUAUCCGAGAUCAACCCUGGCGCUGUUGAGAAUCCGUGAAGUUAUCGCACCCGGUGGGUUGGCGAUGAUCAACGAAGUGCUAUCGAAGACGUUCUUUGACGUCGACUUCGAGCCUGCUCUCAUGCUCGGCCCAGGGUCCCUUGACUACAUCGCCGACUUUGCUCGGCGACACUCCGCGUCUCCGGAUGCGCUCCUCGCGCACAUGAAGCACUUUGCCCAACCGUUGACCGUACUCGCGGAUGAAGACAUAGCCCGCCAAGUCGAGCCGCUGUCCUCCUCCCCGGACUUCGCGUCGACUUUGGGAGAACUGCACACCCGUCUCCUCCCUCCCACCGCCCAAGACGAAAGUACCCCGCUUCCGCGUCCCGAAACCUUCAACGGCCUCCUUGAGCGCGUCUCGGGUGCGCAUGCGGCUUUCGCACAGAUCGCGCGGCGCGUCCGGGUCGGGUUCGCCGUCGCGCGUCUCGCAGAACGCGUCGCGCUCGGAGAGACUCCGCAGUCCUCUUCCCGAACCGCAGCAAAUGGCAAUCGCUUGGGCAUGUUGGAAGCGUUGAGCGACGUACUGCGGGGGCGCGUAGAUUCGCAGGUGCGCUACGUCUGCGUCGCGGUAAAGAAGCUGCGUUUGGAGAAGUUGCGUGUGCUGCUAGGGGAGCUGCACAAUUUCUGGAACGAUAUCCGGAGCGUCGAGCUCCGCAACGACGAGGGAGAUGCUCGCAUCUGGCUCGUGGGCGUCAACAGCCGCCUCCCGGAUAAUGUCGACCCUGCGCCCAACGACCCGUCCGCACCGCCCGACUUCGACGCGCCUAUGGCUCCACCCGACCCAGAGACGAAGGCGCUCGCGGCCGAGGUGGGCGAGUGGCUCCUGGAAUACAUUGAGGACCACCUCGCGCACCGCCUGGACGAGCGCGCGCUCUGGGACGUGUGGUACACAGGCGGGGCCCCGUUCCCGUCCGAGCUCAUCAACCCCGCACCGCGCGCCGCGACGGUCGCGGCGCUGUUGCGCCCGCACGACUUCGUGCGGGCGCACGCCCAGCUGGCCCGACCCGGGGGCGUCGUCACGUUCGGCGGUGCACCGGGAGAAGAUGGAGACGAGGGGGAGAAGGCGCUAUGGGAGGUGCCGGACACGAGCAUCGCGUUCCGGCGGUACGUCGAGGCGGGGCGGAUGGUGAACGUGUUCGACUGGUUCGAGAGCUUCGCGCUCGUGCUGGAGAACCAGCGCGAGCACCUCCGCCGGCGCGCACGGGCGGCCGACGGCGACGGGAAGACCAGCAAGGGGAAGGGGAGGGCCGCUGCCGCGACCGAUGGGGAAGACGAGGACGAGGAGGUGGGUGAGGAGGCGGAGGAGGCGUGGAAGGUAGAGGUGCAGGCGCGGUUCGUCCGCGCGCUGCAUGAGCUGGACUACAUGGGCUUCGUGCGGCACACGGGGCGCAAGGCGGACCAUGUCAUCCGGACGAUUUACGACGUCCCUGACUAG